AUGAAGCCUGUGGACAUAAAUGAACUGGUAAGAUCAAUGACUCAAGAACUUGAUUAUUAUUGGUCAUUGGGCGCUGAACGUCAUUGUGGAAAAGACCAAUGUGUAAUUUACAAGGUCCAGCAACAUAUCCGUGACACUGAUAGAUUUGCAUACGAACCCUGUAUUGUAUCAGUUGGCCCGUACCACCAUGGAUCUGCAAGUUUGUUAGGUAUGGAACAUGUAAAAUGGGGAUAUCUGGAUGUAAUCAUGAGACUGAGCUGUCAGAAGAAUUUGUUGGAUUACUUGACAACAGUGGGGGCGCUAGCAAAACAGGCAAGAAACUGUUAUUCCGAAGACAUCAACAUGGAUAGCGAGAGUUUUCUGCAAAUGCUGUUACUUGAUGGGUGCUACCUUUUGUGUUCUCUUGGAGUUGUAACAGGGCUGGUGCAAAAUAGACUAGAACAAUAUCAAUCUGCUAAUCCCCAAGAAAGAACAACUGCUAGUGGGGGAUAUCCAGAGCAUGUGAGAAACGGUGAUGCCGUAACAGAGGAUAUUGAGGCAUGCCAUGAGAACAUUCAAACUGAUAGAGAAGAGAACAUUGGAGAACAGUACAGCGAACAAACUGGGUAUUGGUUUAUUAGAUUUAUCAAUCACGACAUACUGUUGCUGGAAAACCAGAUACCCUUUUUCAUUCUGGAAACAAUAUUUGAGCUUGUUACAGUUGGCUGUGCUUCACCUCCUUGUUUGACAGACGAACUUGCUAAGUAUGUUGAAUCUGCUUUACGUUGGUAUCCCAAAGCAAUUGUGGGCUCUGACAGACCAAAACAUUUUCAACAUUUGCUCCACCUGUGUCAUAUUUAUUUUCUACCAAGCCAGAGACCAGAGGAAGACCAUAAUUAUAAGUUUGAACCUCGGUACUUUCACAGAUAUCUCAGUUUUGGACGGAAGUAUUUCAGAUUAAGUUAUUAUCUGGAUAACAACGAUCAUGAUACUUCAUCCCACCAUGAAGUGGGUCUACCACAAGGUGGGGAUCAGCUUAAUCGCUGGCGACGAGCUGCACAGUAUCUAGAGGCUGGAAUUAAAUUUAAGAGAAGGGAAUAUGAUACACUCGACCCUCAUUCUCUACUAGACAUUCGGUUUCGCAAUGGUGUGGUGGAGAUUCCGUGCGUUGUUAUGGAUGAGUACACGGGGGGUCUUUUCAGGAACCUUAUUGCGUUUGAACAAACCUGUCCUCAGUUUGGGGAUGACUUAACUGCUUAUAUUGUAUUCCUGUCCCAGCUUAUAAGCAUGCCAGAGGAUGUUACACUGCUUGCUAAGAGAAAAAUCAUCUUGCACCAACUUGACAGUGAUGAUAAGGUGUCUGAUCUCUUCACCAUGCUGAGUAAAGACGUGGUCUUCGAUUUCAGUGGUAACUGCUACUUAAAAUCUCUGUACCAGAUCUUAGAAGCUCACUACCAGAAUCGUAUCAAUCGUUGGAUGGCAUGGCUGUGGCUAAAUCACUUCAGCAAUCCAUGGUUGGCCUUAGCUGCUUGUGCCGCUGUCAUUGUGCUAGUCUGCACAAUUGUGCAAACCGUGUAUGGUAUACUGGCCUACGUUGAUCCGCCGGAGUAG